UUGUCGAGGUGACGCACCAAUCGUUUUACGACACUUUGACCUUCAAAUGCUCAGUAACCUCCAACGGUGGACGAUAACACUGAAGUGUUGCCUUACUUGAUUUACUAACAGUGGCUUUCAUUUUAUGUCCACCUUUAUCCUACAGGUGUUCCAAUGAAGGUGCGUGUGAUUUACGACUUUGUUGCUCAAUGGAGUGGUGAAUUAACUGUUUGUACUGGAGAGGAACUCACAAUCACAAAUCAAAAUGUCGGAUCAGGGUGGUGGCAAGCGGUCAAUGCGUUUGGAAAAGAAGGUCUCAUUCCAUCAGAAUUUGUUGAAAUUAUUGAGUUACCAGAACCACCAGUACCACCUCCUCCUUUACCUGCUACUGAAUUUGGGAAGGAGAUCGAUCGUUGUGAUGAAUGGGAUGAUGAGUGGGAUAGUGAUGAAAAUGAUAUUCCCAGUUCGAACAAAAAUCCGAAUGACCGAUAUCAACAGCCAGUUGAAUGUAGUACAUCGCAAACCGGAGGCAAGCAGACGGACCCCUUACUGUCUGCGUCUAAUAAUGUUGAUUACGUACGCAACACACUUAUACGAAAGUUUUUCCACAGAUCAUUCAUCCGUAAUGGUUGUGAAGAUUUUUUGUUGGGUCUCGAUCCACCACCUUUUCCUCAAACCGAAGCUAAUAUCGAUUAUGUAGAUGAUUCUUUCCAAUGGCGUCACUUGUCAAGAGAUCUCACUAGCUGUAUUUCAUCGUUUCGUAAAGAUUCAAAAAUGAAGGGGAUCAAAAGUUUUAUCGCUUAUCAAAUAACUAAUUCAGUUACUCAAACUCAAGUCAGUAGAAGAUAUAAACAUUUUGAUUGGCUUCAUUCACGUUUAUUAUCAAAAUAUCCAUGUAUUUGUAUUCCACCAUUACCGGAGAAGGCAAUCACAGGUCGAUAUGAAGAUGACUUUGUUGAUGAACGUCGUAAAUGGUUACAACAAUGGUUAACUCGCAUGUGUAAACAUCCGGUUGUAUCGCAUAGUUCAGUAUUUAUUCACUUUCUUACUUGCACUGAUUUCAAGAAGUGGAAAUUAGGCAAACGUGAAGCAGAAACUGAUAAAUUACAAGGUGUACGUUUUUAUUUUGCAGUGGAAUCAAGAUGUGGACAAACACCUCAUGACUAUACGGUUGAAAAAGCAGAAACAGCUGAGCGAUUCUUAGCUGAUUUGGAUAGAUCAACUAAAUUUCUAUGUGAAACAGUUGUUGAAUAUCAUCGAAAAUUAAGUAUUAGUAUUCGUAAAGAAUUUUCCAAACUGUCAAUGGCUUUUCUUAACAUGAGCAAAGCUAUUGAAUCGGAUGUUCAUACAAAACAAUUAAAUACAAAAUUAUGCGCCUCACUAGCUGCUACCGGCAAUACAUUCAGAAACGUAUCAUGUAUCCAUGCAAUCCAGUCAGAAGCAACAAUCAAUCUUCAAGAAUGCUUAAAGGAAUUCACUCGUCUACUGCCAAAUACAUCGACUAUUAUCAGUUUAGCUAAAGCUGCAUGUCUUACUGUUGAUGAAUUAAAUCGUUGUAAUACCGAUGAACAAAAAGUGUGUCAAUCCGAUGUGAAUCGAAUUCAAUCUGGUGCAUUGUUGAUUACACGUUCUGUUCAAUCUGAAUGUAAUUUAAUUAUGAGUCAAAUUCGUGAUGAAUGGAUGAAUAAAAUCAAAGACUAUCUUUAUGAUCAAGCACGUUUUUAUCAUCAAAUUGCGGAACAAAUAGAACGGGCUGCUCAAUCUUUUGAAAUCGACUGAUCUCUGUCUGUCUAUCAUAUAAUAUAUAUAUGUAUCCGCGUAUUAACACUCAUAAUACUAAUAUUAAUAUUGUUACUGCUAUAAACAUUUACAGAUUCAUCAACCAUAUAUAUAUAUAUACUAUUUACACUUCUCAGUUGUUACUUACCUUCGCACACUACUCUUAAUCAUAUAUUGUUUUCGUAUUUCAAUAAUUACCCAUCACAGAGCAUUAUUAACUCAUCCCUUCUUGUUUGUACAAUCUUCCGAAGUCUUUCCUUCCUUCCUUCUUUUCUUUCCCAUCAUUUCUUACUAUCCAUGCUACUUACUAGUCGUGUGUGAUAAUUUAGUAUUAAGUUUCUUUCUUACUUUUGAAUUGUUUUCUUGGUUAAUUUUUUUUUUCUAUUUGGUGAUUUUUUUGGAAAUAAUUUUUAACGGACAAUUAUAGUGAUUGAUUUAUUAUUAUUUUUUCUAAAAUGAAUUGUAAUGUUUCAUUAUACCAUACUACUUGUGAUUCCAAUGUCUUCCAUUUCAAAUUAAUAUUACAACAUAGAUACUAAUGUUCUUUCUCAUUUUGAUUCUCUUUUAGCUUUUUAAUUAGUAUCAUUUGACAAAUAUGUAUUAUACUUUAUAAUAUUAAUUGAACUUUGAACUAUUUAUCUUUCUAUGUAUGACCCAUGCACAGAGAUAGAAAUAUCUGACGAUUGUUUUUAGUUUAGUUUUUUUUAAAUGUGUGACUGAUCUAUUGCUCAAAAUUUAUAUUUUUAAAAGCUAAAAGAAUUCUACAACGAUAUGACUUGUAUAUCCUUCCUUCUUUCCAUGUGUUUACUAUUCAAGUUACUAGUUUCAUUUUAUAACAUUGAAAUUUAUCGUAUGGUUCUAUUCCCUUAGAGUAGAGAAUGGUGUAAUUUCGUGCCUUAAUAGGCUAUAUUUACCGAGUCCUAUAAUAUUGCGUAUUAUUGAAUAGUCUGAGCUAGAUGAUUUCAUCGCGAGGCUUUCGUGCGCGUUCUGGACAUCAUCAACGCAUCAUGUAGAAGUGAAUUUUCUAGUUAUUUUACAAGCGUAAAAUUAGUUUGUUCGUGUGCUCCUGUUUAUGGCGGCUUGUCUUCGUGGGGUUUUUGUUUUGAUUUCUCCUUAUACUCAAGUUAACAUGAAUGAUCCUAGUGCCAUGCUUCUAGAAGUUUUCUGAGAUUCCCGAAAUUCCCUCGUUUCAUAAUUAUGUUUUCUCAGUUGAAUGCAUGUCCGUGAUUGUCUGUAUGCAUUGUUAUCAGUUAUAAUAUAUCAUGUUUUACU